AGAAAAUUGGAGAGCUCUGAAAUCCUUCGACUUAAUAGUACGGACAUGACUGCACAUGAACCAGAUUAUGAUUUUUUAAACUCAUAUAUAAAAAUAAAUACUUACUAGGUAGGUAUUCAACGUCAUAUAUAUACGUAUUUACAAAAAUCAAAUGAGCAUUCGAAUCUAGAGGAACAUUACAGAUAUCGCCAUUCGCAAUGGCUCCUCUCACCAGCGAGCCCGACGCCAUCCGCGUCGCGCUGAACCUCGCACGCCGCAAGGUCUUCUACGCCCUAAUCAUCGAGAUCACCGCAUACAUGCGGUCGCAACUAGAACUUCCACACAGCCCAGACGGAUCCCCAUCUUUCCCCUCUUCAACAAGAAACCCACCUCCGUACUCAGAGGCGGCUUUAUCCCGUUCUAACACCAUUCCCACAGCCACUCCUUCUAACAGAGCCCCGGACAGCAACACCCCCGCACCCACCACCCCACCCGGCCCGCAGCAGCAGCAGCAGCGAACGCAGGCCAGUCCGGCCCUAGUCCGGCUCCGGAAAGCGGCGCUCCUGCACUUCGACUCCUGGCGCGACGAGACCGUCGGCAGGAUCAAGGACGUCGUCGCCAAGCCCGACGACCAGAAGGUCCUGGACGCGCGGCGCAAGCGCGCGGAAGGUCUCGCUGCGAGGAGCAGGGAGAUGCCUGGUGCUGGGGAGGAUUUGUUGAGUUUUAGAGACGACAAUCGUGCUGGAAUUACGGACGGGGCUGGGGCUGGGGAUACACCACCCCUACCGCCGCGGGGUGGGAGGGGUAUGGCGGGUACAGGGCCGACGAGCUUAUCUGCGUUCCAGAGCCUGUACCAUCCGAUUCCGACGCGGCUGACGUCUGUCUCAAUGGAGGAUCGGAAAGAGGUGCUUAGCGCUACGUUGAUCUGUCUCCUUGCGAUCGGGAAUUACUCGGCAUAUUCCCGGACGCUGGUGUGUUAUCUUGCGAGCGCGCUGGAGGUGCCGCCUGCGUUUUUGGAUAGGGAGGAGAUGGAGGUCGCGACGACGAUGGUGGAGGCGGCGAGGAAGGCGGAGAGGGAGGGCCAGGGCCAGGGCGAGGGGGGGAUGUCGGCUGAGGCGGAGGCGAGGAAACGCAGGGAGGAGGGGAAGGUGGGCAGGUUGUGGAAGGUUGGGCUCGCGAGUGUGGCGGGCGCGGCGAUUAUUGGGGUUACGGGCGGGCUUGCGGCGCCGGCUGUUGCGGGCGUUAUUGGGGGGUUGAUGGGCUCGGUUGGGUUGGGGGGACUGGCUAGUUUUCUGGGUAUCUUUUGGAUGAAUGGGGCUUUGGUCGGGACGCUGUUCGGGGCGUUUGGCGCGAAGAUGACGGGGGAUAUGGUCGAUCAGUAUGCGAAGGAGGUCGAGGACUUCAAGUUUCUCCCGCUGAAGGAGGAGUGGGGGAGGGAUUGGGCGGAUCGGAAUGGAGACGGGGCGAAGGAUCGGAGGUUGAGGGUUACGAUUGGGAUUAACGGCUGGCUUACGGCUGAAGAAGACGUGACAAAGCCGUGGAGGGCCUUGGGUGAUGAGACGGAGGUCUUUGCGCUGAGGUACGAGAUGAAGAGUUUGAUGGCUCUAGGCGAGAAAUUGAGGGGCUUGGUGGCGUCGGCGGCGUGGAGUGCGGUGAGAGCUGAGAUUCUGCAGCGCACGGUCCUGGCUACGCUGUCGGGCGCCCUGUGGCCUAUCUUCCUUCUCAACUCGGCGUCUAAUAUCGACAAUCCGUUUAGCCUUGCAAAGAACCGGUCUGAGAAGGCGGGCAGGAUUCUAGCUGACGCUCUAAUUAAUAGAGUUCAAGGAGAACGACCUGUCACAUUGGUCGGAUAUUCGCUAGGCGCACGGGUCAUCUACUCAUGCCUACGAUCAUUGGCAGAGAGGAAGGCGUUUGGACUUAUAGACACGGUGGUCUUAAUCGGGGCACCGGUGCCGUCAAACAAUGGGUACUGGGAGAUGAUGCGUACGGUGGUAUCCGGCCGGCUUUUUAACGUGUAUAGCGAGAACGACUACAUCCUCGGCUUCCUCUACCGCACUACGAGUUUGCAACUGGGCAUUGCUGGGCUACAGGCUAUCACCGGGGAUAUAGAAGGAGUUGAGAAUUUGGAUCUGAGUAAUGAGGUCACGGGACACAUGAGAUAUCCGGAACUCGUGCCGAAGAUACUGGCGAGAUGUGGAUUCCCCGACAUUAGGGGUGGCAAGGGGGCAAUUGAGAAAGAUGAUGGGAAGAUCGAGAUCGAGCUGAAGGAUAAAGAUUGGGCCGAGACGGGCAAUUUGAUUGAUAUCGAGGAUAAGCCGGAAAAGAAUGAGAAGUAUGACCCGAUCGUGAAGAACGUGAUGGAGCUCAAGAGCGAUGUGGGUGUUAGAAAUGCGAAGUUGGACGGGUUGAAGGAUGCGAAGGAACGAGAAGCCACGCAGACUACAACGAGAGCGACUUCUUCUCUGCCAAACUUGGGCGAGUUGCCACGUGCUUCCACCACUCCAUCGAUAUCUACGACUACGACGCUGGUGGAACCACCGCCUUCGUAUCCGGGCACGGAGCACCGUGUUAACUACGAUGAUGAUAGCGAUUUUGACCACGCUUACGAUUCGGAAGAAGAGGGAUUUGGUGGAAUCAGGAUGAUGGACAACGACCCCGAUGAAGGUGGAUUGACCUUCAUCGAACCAUUACAAAUUAAUGAUGAUUAGUUUUAUCUAUUACGCGAAUUCCUCAAAUAGGAUACAAAGUCAGCACGCCGUAUAUACCCCUGGCAAGGAGUUGGUCAAUACGUGCUUUUGGAUGAAUACACGAUGUUUGCACCAAGUUCUCGCUUUUCCGAGGGAAUGGACCUGCCGUCA